AGUAGCAUGUUUCCCUAGUAUAACACACACAGUAAAACACACACAGCACACACAGUGAUUGCCCACAGAUGUCCCCUUCCUGCCCAGUUCAUUAAUACAGUCCAGGGGCGGACUGACAACUCAUGGGGCCCCCGGGCAAUAGGGGAUCAUGGGGCCCCUGUGUCAUUGCCCACCCCCAAAAAAGCCUAUGAAAAAGCCAAUGAAAGGUACCAGGGGCAUCUCAUGGGGCCCCCUACUGACCCCGGGCCCUCGAGCAGUGCCCGAGUGCUCGAAUUGUCAGUCCGCCCCUGGUUGGGUC